AUGGUUUCAUGGCAGCAUUCCGAAGGCCCCCACAAAGAAGAGGCCAAGGCCACCCGAAGAUCCGAAAGCCAUGCCGCGGCGAAGCGACUCGCGGCCGCGCCGUCGGAGCGACUCGAGGGACUACCGACGCUCGCCUCCUCGUCGUCGCUCCCCGUCACCAAGGCGCCGCUCGCCUCGGCGCUCGCCGCCGCCUCGCUCCCCCGCUCGCCGCUCGAGAUCGCGAUCGCCCAGGUGUGCGAGGUCACCGGCAAGGAAGUCCCCGGUGAAGGCUGCAGCGCCAGCUGCUGGUGGCACCGGUGGGGGUGCUGGUGGCGAGAUGCCGGGAGACAUCGGCAAAGCAGAGGUGGUGGCUGGCAAGCCACGACCGAGCACCGGCGAGCAGACGUGGCGGGCAGAGAUCAUGAUGCCUCAAGUUGGCCUCGGAGACAAGAGCGGCGCUUACAACUACGGCGGCAAGGUGCGGACCAUGUGCAUCCGUGGACCUCACCGGGUGGACAAGCAGCAG